UGACACCCCGAUCCAUCCCAAUCCACGCCCCUGACGCCCCCUCCAUGUCUGCAGAGUCGGAGUGGGUUCGGAUCUCACUUCACACACACACACACACGCGCGCGCAGUCGGGUUGCGUUUAAAGAUCCAGCGGUUCCUCCGUGCCAGUGCGCGCGCUCAGAAAGAAACUCUCGCGCGAGAAGGUGUCGGUGCAGCGAUGUUUGGGUAAUAAAGCGGGUUCGGUUCGGAUGAAGGAGGAGCGUGAGAACCAGCCGUCAGGAGAAGACAUGAAGACUCACAGAGGAGAGAGGAACAUCUGAACUACCACCGACUGGAUCCACAUCACACCACCCGAUACACACACACACACACACACACACACACACUCCAGACCCGAUUCUACAUACUCCACACACCAGAUCACACCGGAUCACAUCAGAUCGUUCCAACUUCCCGCUGUGCGACCAUGAAGAUCAACACGGUGCUUUGUUCUGGAUGCUGGAACGUCUCCAUCAUGGUGUCCGCGCUGGUGGUCCUGCUGCCUCUGCUCGCCCACGCAAACUCGGCGUUGGGGAACGUGACUGAAUCCGCUAGCAUUAACGUCACCGCCGCCCGAGUGCAGAGUGACGAGGACGCAGGAAGUGGCCUUCAGGGGGAGGAACUCUUCCCCACCAACUCCUCCCUCCGAGCUACAGACCAGGGGGCCGCAGAGAUCAGCCAGGAGUCCGCCGAGACCGACAACCUCCUGCCCAACACGUCCACCAGGGGCUUCAAGGAGGAGGAGGAGGAAGAGACGACGGCGAGGGUGACCACGCAGACGGCCACGGAGGCGCCCACGCAGACGGCCACGCAGACGGCCACGCAGACGCCCACACACGGCGAGGAGAUGGACACGGAGACGGAGGCGGAGACGGAAACUGAGGCGACCACGGAGACAACCACACAUACGCCCUGGCACGGCGAGGAGACAGACACUGAGACGACCAUGCAGACCCUCUGGCACGACGAGGAGACGGACACGGAGACGACGGUGUUCGACCUGAAUCAUCAAGAACCCUACACCACCAUGAGUCCCUCCCCUCCCCACCACGCCCAUCAUCCCGAAGUGCUCACCGUGGGCUUCUUCGACACCGACCCCCGAGGGAGGAAGUUCGCCCCUCCGACGCCCACCGCUCACGAGCUCCAGGGUCACGACGCCACGUCCUGGGACGUCUCCGAGAGCUACGACGAGCCAACCACGUACGAGGACACCGCGACUCCCUCCACGUACGACGAGAGCACCACCGUCCCCACCACGCCCAGGAUCUUCCGGCCUCACCUCCCGAAUCACUUCAUCCCCCCGCAGCAUAAAAUGCCGCUACAGCCGCCUCGCGACGCCGGCACCGGCACCGGCAGGAGCGUGGAGUGUCGUCUGGGUCUGGUGCGCAUCAACGGGACCUGCAGGUCUCAGUGCGACGUCAUGCCCAAUUACUGCAACAACGGGGGCCAGUGCGUCAUGCUGGAGGGAUCCGGAAUCUUCUGCAGGUGUAACAUUCAGGACUACAUGUGGCACAAAGGUUCCCGCUGUGAGUCGGUCAUCACCGAGUUCCAGGUGAUGUGUAUCGCGGUGGGAUCGUCGGCUCUCACCGUGCUGCUGCUCUUCAUGAUCGUCGUCUGUUUCGCCAAGAAGCUUCACGUCCUCAAAACCGAGAACAACAAGCUGCGCAAGCGCAGCAGUAAGUACCGGGCGUCCUCGGAGCAGCACAACGAUAAUUUCUCUCUGUCCACCAUCGCUGAGGGCUCCAACCCAAACAAAACCAUGAGCAGAUACACCUGGGAGACCAAAGAGGAGCCUGGCUUGGAGGACGAUCCUAAUGCCCAGAAUAAACUGGAGGACGCGGUGAAGUCGCCCCCGCCCAAAGAGGACGAGUCUCUGAACAUCCAGAACUCGCUCACCCCCAAACACGAGAACCACAAGCCGCUGGGUGAGGAGAACUCCUCUGAGGUGAACUCGCUGCAGAACAACAUGAUGUAGAAGAUCAGACAUGAUCGACCACACCCGUUCACCUUCACCUGCACAGGGUCUGUAACUCCGCCCCCAUAACCCUAACACCCAAUCAGAGUGUAUCUGAGAAGUCCCUUUAUUAGUCUGUCCACUUUUGUCUCCUCCCUCACACACACACACACACACACACACACACGUGAUGGGCUUUACGAUUCAUUUUUCAGAUUUGAUUCUUGUGAAUUUAUAGUCUAAGUGACUCAAACUUGAUUCAUUGAUUCAUUCAGAACGUUAACCAUGAUUAACAUUAACACUUUUAAACCCGAUGGCGUCCACUAGAGUCGUGUAACCGAACACUGCCGCCACAUUUCUGGCUCCACACGUGUCAAACCAAAGCAUGGCAGAAAUGUUCCUGCGUUUUUUAUCACACCGAGCCUCGAGCUUUAAUCGUAGCUCAUUAGCUAACGGAUCGUUCUUGCCGGGUGAGCUACAGAGCUUGUGUUUGACCAAUCAGUGACGUUCAGCAGAGCAAACUCCGCCCCCUUAAAUUAAAAACUGUAUUAAAGAGGGGGUCCGAGGUCUCUUACAAUUAAACUGACAUUGUUUAUGAUCUACAGUGUGGGACCAAGGCUAGCGUUACCAGUAUAUGAAUCAAUUUAUCACUGUAAACACAAUUAGAUUCAUACAGAUAAAUACAUAUGCAACCAUAAAAACACAUUUUUUAAAUGUCCAUAUUGGUAUAAAUCUGUUUAUCUUGAUGUAGGAACUCAAAUCAGCCCCGGUUCCUCUGAGAGAACACAAACUAAAAAAUGUUAUAUCCACAAUCUAUGGCCCUAAGUUCCCUUUAAAUGGUAAAGUUAAAGGGUCAUAAAAUAAAGUCAAAUAUUUAGAUACAAACAGCAAUUAAUUCACUCCUGAAACACUCAAUUCACUUGAUUCAUUUGAAUCACUAUCAAAAAGCGGUUCAGUUGAACAAAGUGUUUUGCAAAUUCAUUUUUUUGGGCUUAUCUACACACGAAUCGGUUCACAUGAUUCACUUAAAGGAAUGAUUGCAUAUAACAAAACAAUUCACACCAUUAUUUCAGAGGAUGAAUAAAAAGGAACCGAUUACAAAUCACUCGGUUCACUCAGUUCGUCCUGAAGAGUCGUUUGAAUCCACGUUCGAAUCAUUUGAGAGUCGACUCGUUUCAUUUAAGUGAAAUUGCGGUUAAAAAACGAAUCAAAUUUGAAUCGAUUCACUUAUAAGAGGGGUUUAGAAAAAAAACCUAAACAAGUUGCCCAUCACACACACACACGCACACACACACACACACACACACACACACACACACACACACACACACACACACCCCCUUCCUGACUACCUGAUCUCUGGCAUGCGUCAGUGUGUUUUGUAAAAAAGAAUUUAAAGAAUCGAUAUUAUGGGGUUUCAAGUAUAAACUGUUGUGAUAGAAAGUAUAAAAAAGCUACUGAGAGGAUUUUGAUGUUUAAUGUCUGACUAAUUCAGUGAGUGUGAAUAAAUAUAUAAUUAAUGAAUUAAUGAGAAUAAUAUUGAUGCUUGGAUUGAUAUCAAGAAAAAACAGCAGUGUGUGUGUGUCCUCGUUUUAUUGCUGUGAUUUCUAAUCCUUUGAUGUACUUGUUUUUAUUUUGUACUUUUUUGGGGAAAAAAAUCCACACACUUGUUGAAAUAAAAUCUUUUUAACAUGAA